CAGAAAGAGAUCGCGCAUUGACCGUGCGAUCGAAGAUUGACGGAGGAGAAACUGCCCGAGACGUGGCCGGGCAGAUCCAAACGCCUUUAAGAGGAGGUCACCACUUUCCCUUUGUAAUUCGCUCUGGUGAGGACUGAGGAGGGUCUCCGAAACCCUCGUUUCUCUCUCUCUCUUCACUCUUUCUCUCUCUAAAAUCUUCCCCUUUUUGCUUCCUUCUCUGAAAUCGCCGGCGAAAUCUCUUCCGAACGACGAUGGAAUCCCGCCGCCAGAGGUCAAGAUCUCCGGCCGGCGGGUAGUCGUGGGGACCGGAGGAUCCGACCUGGUCCGAUAAUGGCAUCGGCCCUACUGGCGAGUCGAAAUGAACCUUCUUGGGGUGAGAACAAGGUUUAUAUGAGGAAAUUCACAACCAACGCCUCCAAAAAUCCGCUUCUCAAGCCAAACCCUAACCCUAACCCUAACCCUAUUUCAAAUCCAAACACUGGUUCCGUUCGUCAGCCGUAUGAUGCGUCCGGCGGCUUCCGUUUCCGGCAGAUCGACAACCAUACGUCGUCGGCGCCGGCGCCGACGUCGUCACCGAAUCGGAAAGCGAUGAGCCUCAUCGAGCCGAGAGUUUCGUCGCAGGGCUACGUGACGUUCAACGUCGGUUCGUUUUCGAGGAAGGAGCUGAAGGAGCUGAAGAUGCGUCUGAGAUCGGAGCUUGAGCAGGUGCGGGCUCUGAUGAGCCGGAUCGAGUCGGGAUCUUGCCAUUCUUUACCGAAAGGGGCGGAGAAGAAGAACCCGAAGGCCAGCUUGAAGAACUAUCAAGAGUCGGAGCUUGUCGCCGGGAAGGGCAAGAAGAAGAAGAAGAAGGAUGUGAUGAGCGUGGUUGCGGUGGACAGCAAGGGUACGAAGAGGAGCAAUCCCUUUGGAGGGGUUAUGGCGGAUCCGAAGAGGCCGGCGAUUGACCCGAUUAGCGAGAAGCUGGUAGGGAGCAUGCUAAAGAGGUGCGGGCAGAUCUUGACGAAGCUGAUGAAGCACAAGUUUGGUUGGGUUUUCAACGCGCCUGUUGAUGUGGAUGGGUUGAAGCUCCACGAUUACCACCAAAUCGUGAAGAAUCCGAUGGAUCUUGGCACUGUAAAGUCCAAUCUUGAGAGGGAUCUUUACCCUUCGCCGCUUGAUUUCGCUUCGGAUGUGAGGCUCGCCUUCAACAACGCCUUGCUCUACAAUCCCAAAGGAUCAGACGUGAAUUUCAUGGCGGAACAACUCUUGAUACAGUUCAACCAGAUGUUCAACCCUGCCUACAAGAAGUUAGAGGACGAGCGGCGCCGGGUGCUCGGAUUCGGGGAUCCAAAUGUGGCUCCGGAGAAUGCUAGGAGAGAAAUCGAUACAAUGGUGGCAGUCAAGAAGCCCGAUUUAGUGCGAUCAAAACCCACAUUUCCGGACCCGACACCACCACCGCCGGUUCAUUAUACUCAGGCAUUGACAAAGCCUUCAGUCCCUGCUCCAGCACCUUCUCCGGUAUCGAAACCCCCCUUAGUUAAUUCAAGACCGGUGAAGCUUCCAAAGCCGAAAGCGAAGGACCCGAACAAGCGGCAAAUGACCUACGAGGAGAAGGCUAAGCUAGGGGCCAAUUUGCAGAAUCUUCCAACGGAGAAGAUGGUCCAGCUGCUUCAUAUAUUGAAGAAGAGGAACGACCAAUGCCAUUUGUCCCAAGACGGAGAAGAGAUUGAGCUCGACAUUGAGGCCGUCGACACUGAAACCCUUUGGGAGCUCGACAGGUUUGUUGGCAAUUACAAGAAGAUGGUGAGCAAGAUGAAGCGGCAGGCGCUCAUGCAGGCCCAGAAUCCCGCUCCCCAGAACACCGACCGCAACACGUCUCUUGAGAGCGACCCCGCCGACGCGGCCGCCGUGGUUAAGAGCAAGAAAGUGGACGCUGCUGCGGAGGAAGAUGUCGACAUUGGAGAGGACAUCCCAAUGGGAGACUUCCCACCUGUGGUGAUUGAGAAGGAUGUCGACAUUGAAGAGUCUAACAGUUCCGGUAGUUCAAGCUCUAGCAGUGACUCGUCCUCAUCUAGCGAUUCAGAUUCGGGAAGUUCCUCCGACAGCGAUUCGGAUGCCGAUAGUGUACAAUCACCGUUUGUUGCAUCAAAAGAAGGCCCCGGUAGCUAAUUUUUUCAAAAGUUAUGGCAAACCCAAUGGUCCUAACAUUUAGCUUAACGUUGUGAUAUGUUGUUAGAUAAGGAUGCGCGAAUUGUGGUAGGCUGGUGAGGCUUGGGUUUUAAGCUUCUUUUUCCUUUGUGGAUUUUGGUUUUUGCUUUGUUGGGUUUUUUUAUUUUUUAUUUUUAUGGAACGGUGCAAGAUUGGAUGAAGAAGUGAUGAGAAAGGAAAAGGGGGUUAGUGGUUGGCUUGGGCGGUUCCAUUUGUACGUUUGUGUAAAGAGAGAAAUGACGAGAGAAGUAUAAAUGCGACGAGUUUUCUAGGGACCAGAAG